AUGGCUCGACUGAUCUACAUCUAUUAUCAGAUCCCUGUGACUUGUGAAGUUCAGACAGAGACAUGGAACUCUUGCUUGAUCCCAAUGAUUUUCUCUUCAUCCUUUUGCAUUUUUGGAUGGUCGGCGAAUGCAACCGUUCUUUCGAUUCUUUUACUCGAGCGAAUCAUCGCCAUCAUCCUCGUCGACACCUACGAGAAGAAAUAUUAUCAUAAAGAGUUGAAAGCCCUACUCGUUUUCCCCUUUCUUGUGGCAGCUUUUUUCGCAAAUCUCUACACCUUUGGUCUCAUCUCAAAAAUGAUCACUGCGACUUUUGUAGUCUUUAUCAUCGUUAUCGGUGGAAUUCUAGUCGGUUUUAUGAUCUCGAUAAAUGAGAGAAAAAUUCGAAAGCGAUACUCGUCGAAUUACACCCUAUCGAGGAGAUAUCAGCUGACAGAAAACGCGAAAUCGAUGCAGAUGCUGACUCGAUUAAUGGGUUUCCUCGUCAUUUCCACUUUUGUCUAUGGAACGCUUUUCUACCCGAAUUCCACGUUAAGCUACAGUUGGAAAACGAGAAACAUUUCUGGUAUCGGUCUCGGAUUCGCCGAGGGAUUAAACACCUUAGUCCAGACGAUCUACUUUUUGAUUGGCACCCGGGAACUUCGUCAUCAUCUAUUGAAGGCUCUUGGAAAGAGGUUUCAACUAAACAGAACGAGUGUGAUCAACGAAACUCCACAAAUGUUAGCUCGAGUCGUCGAUGUUCGCGGGAAAGUGGGGAUCAUUGAGGAAUCAUUGAGGAAUCUU